AUGGGAUCAGUCAGUUUUUUGCUUUCUUUUGCGAGUUUUUAUGCCGGAGACGGUCACUCUCUGUUACCAGGCGCUGGAGAUUUUGCUUGGGUCCACAGAUUACUCAACUUGGCGGACAUUUGGGCCCUCGGCUGCAUCUUCGCUGAGAUGGUUACUGGGGAUGUUCUGUUUGUUGGAAGUACUAAGAUUCUCCCAGGUUGUGUGAAGGUGGAGAACUACUGGAUAAAAUUUUCUCCAGUAACUCCUUGUGGCAGGGGUGGAAGAUACACAGAAGAAGAUGCUAAAGUUAUUGUUGUGCAAAUUUUAAGUGUUAUUGCCUAUUGUCAUCUUCAGGGAGUUGUGCAUCGUGAUCUAAAGCCAGAGGUAAUGCUAGCCUUCUUUUCGGCGGGCAUGAAUUUGUUGUCAGGUCUUGGUGCAAAGAUUGAGAGAGAGUCCAAGCUGAAGCUCAAUGACUUUGACAAGGUUUUUGCAAUGUCGGAAACAGCUCUGGGACUUUUUCUAGAUGUAGGUGCCUCUUGUUAUUUCUCGAAGCUUUUUGGAUCCUUUGGUAAUGCUUGUUAUAUCUUUGGUUUACAUUUGUGUUUCGAUUGCCCCACCUGCAAAUGUUGCUUCUUGAUAGGAGAAAUAAGUUCUACUAAUGUGUAGAGGAGGGAAGGAUCAGUUCCCCCUUUCUUAUAUUCCACUUUCUACAUGCCAUUUAGCCUCUGGCAAUUAGUGUGUGCUUAAAAAAAAAAGAGUAACAAAUAGUGGCAUACCAAUAAAGAUUAGCUCUAGGUUUGGACACUGAUAUCCUGCAACUAUUUAUCUUAUUGGUUCAAUAACUAUGCUACU